UAGCAACCACUAGCAACGUGCAGUAGCGCGCAGUGUUUAAUGUGAUUGAGAACGAUUGAGUGCGGUCCGUACUGGUUCGCAUUGUUUUGCUCUCGCGUAAGCGAGAGGUACAUGUGAACGGAAUAACAGAAGAACGGUGCAACGGUCAGUCUACGCGUCAUUUUUAUCCGCAACGACUGUCCAGCGACGAUCCCGCGCGAAUCCGUUGAUUGACUCGGCACGGUAGGAAAAUCGCGCGCGCGCGCGCGCGAGUAACGGCGAGAUGUCCUUCUCCAAGGCAAGGAUACAACGGUUCAACGAAUUUGGCAGUGAUGCACCUCCACCAGGCUUUUACGAUCCGAAAUUCGACAAUAAAGUGAAAGGAGCUAUUAUUGAGAAGUCCGAUAGGUUUUUAGAUAAUAAAAGUACAAGCAGCGCAGAAUGCAAUGCAUCAGUUGCAUCAGUAAAGAGUAGUGCCACGGCUCCUAUUUUCCGGGUGCCCCAACUGCCACCGAAGCGGCCAAUUGGAAAAUUUGGGAAUUAUCCCAAAUUAAAAACCCCGCAACCUUUAACCAAAAAUCAAAAUAUGAAAUACGAAUCUAAUCAGCAACUUGCGGAUCUCCAAGUAGAAUGUUUGAACAAGGAUAAGACUAUACAGGAACAUGAAAAACACAUCGAGGAUAUGAAAGAUGAGAUACGGAAAUUAGAAACCGAAUUGGAGGAAUUGCGUAAGAAACAAAAUGAAAUAGAAACACAACAUAUGAAAGAUAUAGAAACAAUGGCUAAGUUACAACAGGAUGUAAUAAACGGUCAUGAUGAUAAACAUCAAAUAGAAAUGCAGACACUUCGCUCUCAAUUAUUAGAAAUGACUAAGGAAAAAGAACGAGAGAUUUUAUCGCGAAAAGCAAUGGAAAAGGAACUCAGAAGUCGUGCAACCGAACUAUCGAAAGGAAUAACAACAUUAGAAGCUGAAUUGAAUGCCAAGAAAGAAGAGAACAGAACAAAGAUUGAAACUCUUGAAACGCAUAUUGAAGAAUUAUUAAAUAAGUUGGAAAUAGCGAAACGGGAUCAUGAUAUCGAAAUAGAAUUAUUACAAAAAGAAAAAUGUCAACUCGAUAUCUGUGUCACAAAUUUAACUCAAGAACGAUCUAAUCUUGAAUCUACAUUAGAAAUAAAGCAGAACGAAAUUUCAAAACUUGAAGCUGAAUUAUCUGCUCUGCAACGCAAAUCACAAGAACUUAAAGAGCAAUAUGGAGAACUUACCGACCAUUACGUUCAUAAAAUUUCCGAUUUUACUAAUGAACAUGAGGAAGAAAUUAAACAUUUGAAAAACGACUUUUUAAAAGAAAAAGAAGAACUCUUAAUGCAAAAUGAAGUUUAUAAGGAAUGUGCAUCAAACAUGGAAACCAAGGCAAAUAAAAUGGAAGAAAUAAAUUGUUCUCUCACGGAAGAAUUAAAAAAUCUUCAAAAUAUUCAUACAGACGUGACUCAACGUUUACAUGAAGCUCAAAAUGAACUAAAGCUUUCAAAUGAGAGACAUAACACUAUGAUGGAAAAAUAUAAAAAAGAUUUUAUUGAUAUGACAAAUACACACACUGAAAACAAAUUAAAAUUAGAGAAAGUAUUAGAGGAUGCCGCGGAUGAAUAUUUUAGGGAAAUAGAAAAUAUUAAGAAGAUGAAAGACGAAGAAAUAGAGGAAUUAAAACGAACUUCUGCUAAAAAAAUCGAAGAGGAAACUCAACAGAUAAUGAAGCAUGCUCAGAAAAUGAUCGAACAAGUGGAAGCUGAUAAACGAGAUACACUAAUAGCAUGUUGCACUGAGAGCACGGAACAGGUGAAAAAAACAAUUAUUGAGUGCGACGCGAAAGUAAGCAGAUUACACGUCAGUGCCAUGGUUGAAGAAGCGCGAAAUACUGUAGAAGAGGAGAUGCGACUUGCUAACGACAACUAUAAAAGAUGUUUGCUUCGUAUGGAAGUAGAGCGUACUGCAUUAGAUGAAAAACUUUCUCAAAGAGAUAUUGAAAUUACAAAACUUUCCACGACACUCGAGGAACUAAGAUCAUCCGUAGAAACACAGGCAAGUUUUAGUCAAAGUUUGCAAACUGAGUUAGAUAAAGCAGAAAGUGAAUUGGCGGAGAAGAAACAAGAAUUGAGAGCUUUAAAGGACCACAUUAGAACAGAAGCGGCCGAAAUGGUUGCUAGGAAGAAAAGAUUUGAACUAAUUAUGGCUGAAAAUCAAGCAUCUGUUGCUGCGCUUACUAAUCGGUUGGCUCAAAGCAGUGCUGAAGUGGAAAGAUUACAGUAUGAAGUCAAACGUAGCGAAGACUGCAUACGCGAACAUAAAGAACUGCUUACUGCAAUGCGUUCCAAUUCGCAAUUGGUGCACGAACAAGUUAAUUCUUUCAUGAAAGAGUUAGAUGCUCACAGAGAUCUAGUAGAUCAACAUCAGUCUGGAAAUAUAUCUCAAUUUGAUUCGUUAAAGUCUGUCUUUGAGACAAAAAUACAAAAUCUAAAACAGAAUGCCGCAAAAGAAAUUGCAAGACUUGAAGAUGAUUCCAAACUGAAAACUAUAUUAAAUAAUGAGUUGAGAAUACAACUUGAAGAAAUGACUAAAAGUAUCGCUGAGGCACAAAGUGCAUUACUAUUAUUAGAAGAACAAAAUGAUGCCAGAGAAAUCGAUAUUUCACGAAUGCAGCUAGAAAAUAAUAAAAUUUUGAAUCAAUUAAAGAGUAGCGAGAAAGCGUUAGAAGAAAAUAAACGAUUACUUCAAGAUCAAGCAAAACAACAUAAAAUUAUUACAGAUGAAGCAAAUUCUCGAAUAGAAGAGCUUUCCGAAAAAGCUAAGCAAUUUGAAGAAAUAGAAAAAACUGCAAAGGAAACCACUUUAUUAUUGGAGCAAGAACGAAUCAAAUGGAAAUCUUCGGGAAAUGAACUUUAUCAGCAACUCAAAGAAGAAAUAACACGACGAAAAGAAGCUGAGGAAGAGAUCAAGAAAUUAGAUCUGAUGAAUGAAGUUCUUCAGAAGGAAUACAAAGAAGUUAUUGAAAAAUAUGUUGAUGUAAUUGGUCAUCAGAAUCCUAAGCAAAGAAUCAAACAUGUUAUUCGGCUAAAAGACAAGAACUAUGAACUGGAACAGGAAUUGCUAACCAAGACCAGAUUAGUGGAACAACAACAAAAGACCAUAGAAAAAUUGAAAGCAGAAGAAAAGCGAUCUCAUUGGAAAGGCAAGGAAAAUAUAGGAAUGGUACAUUCAACUCCUAUUUCUUCUCCUCAUAAAACGUUGACGCCAUUGAGGGAUCGAAACGAUUAAUCUCAAGCAAUAGUUCAAUAGCUUGUCUUCUUAAAUUAUUAGUCUAGAUUACAAAUAUUCAAUUUGAAUAAUCGUGCUCGAAUAAUUUCCUAAAGAAUGGAAAAACAGUUACUGCUAAAUAUUAGAGGAAAAUCGCUGAUACUUACACAUCUCUUAAA